ACGCAAAUCAAAACCACAAAGAGAUACCACUUCACAUCCACUAGGAUGGCUAUCAUCCAAAAGAUAGACAGCAACAAGUGUUAGGGACAAUGUGGAGAAAACUGAACCCUCCUGUAUGGCUGGGGCAGGGUGUAAGGAGAUGGAAAGUCAGCAUGGGUGACAGUGAGAAUUGAGGGCGUACAUGUGUGCUGGAGGAACACUUGUGUAUCUGUAACCAUGGAGGUUCAAGAGUGAAAUGUGGGGGCCAUUAUAGUUGAGGAGCAGGUAAAGAACGUUGCUAGAGAGGCCUGGGCAGUGGCUACUCCCUCUGAUUUGUGUGGGCCUUGAUCUCAGAGGUGUGGAUUGCUAGGUGGUGUCACAGAGUUUGUACAGUUUGAAACUGUUAGGCAAGCCCACCCACACCAACGGGCUGAGCUGGGUUGAGCUCCUCAGAGAGUUUGCCCAGACUAAGCAAUUAUAUUCCAGUGGACACUGAACCCAGGCUUGUUUGUGUCACUCCAUAAAACAUAUAGUGAAUCCUCAAAGGAAUGUAUUAGGUGUGGCCUUUGAGAAGUAAUUAGAUCAUGAGAGUGGACUCUGUGAUGGGAUUUAAGUAGACACAGGAGUGCUUGCUGUCACUCACUGCUCUCUGCCAUGUGAGGACACAGGGAGAAGAUGCCUCUCUGCAAACCAGGAAGAGAGUCCCCUCUACACACAGGAUCUGCUCGUGCCUUCAUCCUGGACUCCCCAGGCUCCAGAAUUGUGAGAAACAAAUGUUUAUUGUCUAAGCCACCCGGUAUAUGGUACUCUGUCAUAGCAGCCCGAGCUGACCAAGAUAGAUGGAUAGAAUGAAUGGGACAGCUGUAAACGUGAGGGAGGGAGAUGGGGCCAAAAAUAUUAAGUCUUAAGAGGAAACCUGGAGCAAAGGUGACAGGAGGAAUUUCAAAGUGUCACCAAAGCUUUGUUCUUAGAUUAAUGUUCACAGCUCAAAAGUCAGAACCCCAAGACUUUUUCUAAUGACAAAUGACUUGGCUUUUCUUGAGGUCUUGGCUCCGACAGAACUGUUGGACUCUGUCAUGAAACUCAUCUGUGACGACAGACAGGUGCUUCUGUGUUCAGCUGGUUUGAUUAACUUGAGUGAAAUUGGUGAGAGUGAAUCUCAGUCAUUUAAGGGGAAAGAGUUCAAAUGAGUUAGGGGUGGGAGAGGGGAGAAACUAUGGGAAGAUGGAGGGGGCAUGGGAAAGGAGGGCAAAAGAAGCAGCGAGGAGAUGGGGGGAGGAAGUUGGUGGGAGGUGGAGGGCAGAAAGGAGCUCACAUCACCUCCAGCAACCUUGCUCACACCAGGAGGGGUUUGAGGAGAGGGGAGAGGGGUUAUUCAAAAUGAAUUUUGUUUUUUCAUGAGUAAUCAUAUUUUGAAUACUUACAAAUCUCUCUCCUGGCACCACUUUCUUCAGCUGGACUUCAAGAGGUCUCUCAGUCAUCUGGGAGGGAUGACUUGGACAGUUCCCACACACAGCUGUGUGUUGCCAGCAACUUUCCGCAAAGUGCUGAGCGGGAAUAUCGCCAGUGUCUUGUAAUGCAGUUUUACUCUUGCCACUACUGCUGCUGGUAGAAGCCUGGAAGACACCAGCCAUGAGUGUCCUGGAAUGGAGAGAACUGGCUGGGGGGGGUAGGGGGGCGUGUGUGUCUUCACGCAGAUUUUAGGCAGGUGAGCACCUAUCCAUGUGCUGUCACCACGGCAAGCGUGUGGUUUAGCUGGACUGGCUCCCAGGUGUUCCUCACACCCAGUUCUGGGGGAGGUUCCCAGCCUCAGGCACCCCACCUGGCACUGUGCUCACAUGUGGCAGCUCUCCCUUUCCUGUCUUUUCUCCUGGAGACAAGAAUAGAGGUCCCUCAAUGUGCAGAGACACACUUGAUCUGCUGGAAGAUGGUGGAGCUCCCAAGAGCCCAGGAUGACGUCUUUGUCGGUGGGGGUGGGGGGGGGGGUGGUCUGCAGGUCUUCCCACCCUUCAGGUCAAGCUGUGUUGUCAGCGUGAAGCAGGACGAUACACUGGUGCGUCCUGGCAGUUCAGCUUCAAUGGACAGACAGCCGUCUUUGACACGAUGAGCAUGAACUGGACAGUCAUUGGUCCCGGAGUCAGAGGGAUCCAGGAGGAGUGGGAGAACAGCCAGGACCUGGCAGAGCAUUUCAGGAAGCUCUCAGCAGGAGACUGCAGUCACUGGCUGAGGGAAUUCUUAGAACACUGGGAGAAAGUGCUGGAGCCCACAGUACAAUCAGUAAAGUUCUCAGAUAACUGCCAGGCUUCAUCCAUCCAGUUAAUUACGUGGAUCAUCCCUUCCAUCUUCAUCUGCUCAGUCCUAAUUGGCAUCAUCAUCACAAAGCAUAGGAGGAGAUCAGGUACCAGGAAGUUCCACCUUCUAUCUGUUCCGGACCUGAAGGAAAUGAGUUCCUAAACGUCAGCUCUGGAAAUAAAAAACAUGGCAGCACAGACUGCUAUCUUCCUAUGCUGUUAUUUAUUCUACUGCGACUAAAAAAAUAUAGACUGUUAACAAUACGCAAUUCACAACUUUCAAGCAUCUCAUCAAAACAUUUCUGGACAUGCCAAAGAGCAAGGAAAUGUGAUCCAUAAUCAGGAGAAAAAUGAAUCAAUAGAAACUGACAGAAAUAAACAAGACACAGAAGCUG